CCCCUCUCUUCUCUCUUUUUCUUCUUUUCUUUCUUUUUCUUAAAAAAAAAAAUAUCUUUAAAAAUGAGUCCUGAAUACGACUACUUAUUUAAACUCUUACUUAUUGGUGACUCUGGCGUAGGCAAAUCCUGUCUUUUGCUUCGUUUCGCUGACGAUACCUAUACAGAGAGUUAUAUCUCAACUAUCGGUGUUGAUUUUAAAAUUAGAACUAUCGAACUAGAAGGCAAGACUGUCAAGCUUCAAAUUUGGGAUACAGCUGGUCAAGAACGUUUCCGUACAAUUACCUCAUCCUAUUAUAGAGGUGCACACGGUAUCAUUGUGGUUUAUGAUGUCACUGACGAAGACAGUUUCAAUAACGUGAAGCAAUGGUUGCAAGAAAUCGACCGAUAUGCUGCAGAGGGCGUCAACAAGUUGUUAGUAGGAAAUAAGAGUGAUUUGGUUGAUAAGAAAGUGGUCAAUACAGAACAAGCAACAGAAUUUGCUGAAUCUCUCAAAAUACCUCUUUUAGAAACUUCUGCCAAGGAUGCUACAAAUGUGGAACAAGCCUUCUUGACAAUGGCUAAACAAAUCAAGGAUAGAAUGGGCUCCACUAUGCAACAAUCGCAAGCCAAGGCAACUGUUAAGGUUGGUCAAGGUGCUUCACUUGAACCCAAGCAAUCUGGUGGAUGUUGUUAAUUAAAUAAAAUAAGGGCAUUUUAUAAUUAAGAAAACGCCCUAAUAAAAGGAGCAGUGCACAGAC